AUGAGCUUCUCGCUCAAGUUCUCGGAGCUGGUCAACAUCGCCAUCCCGCAGUGCGGGGUGGUGAACUUCAAGGCCCUGCACUUCCUGCUCCAUGGCAUCCUGGAGCACAUCCACAUGGCGGAGCUGGAAAAGGACCUCUCAGGGGAUGAGGACUUCCUCCAAGCCUCUGUGUCCGUCACAUUCCCGUCACGGGAAGGGGACGCCCAACCCACCCUCAGCCCCCUGAAGAGGCUCGGCAACAUCUUCGACCACCUGGUGAGCCGCGUGGACAAGCUGGAGAGCCAGCUGGCCGUGCUGAGGGACGUGCCGUCCACUGCCCAGCUGCUGGAGAGCAGCCAGGGCACCAGGCAGCCUGCCCAGGAGCUGUGGAACCUGAUCAGGCUCCAGAAGAAGGUGGAGGGCAACGAGGAAGCUGUGGCCAAGUCCAUAAGAACCCUGCAGGAUUUGCUCACGGACAUUUAUGCACUCAAGGUCUCCGUUGAAACCCUCGGGAAGGAGGUGGCCAUGCUGAAAGACGUGUUUGAGAAGAUCAGUCCACAAAGAAUAGACGCCUUCUCAGAAGAUUUGAGAGGGCAGAACCGGAAGAUGAGUGCACUGCAGCGGGACGUGGCUUCUCUCCAGAGCAAGGUGACCACCAUCCCUAAACCCGAGGACCUGGUGCUCUGGAGCAGUCUCCACGAGGCCAUGUUCAUCCCGGGAGCUGCUCCACAACUGCUGGGAAACUCCGACCUGUGGCAGAUCUCAGAGCUCGCCUCGGAGACCGCCGUUGCCCAGACAGCCAAGGACCGCGGAGGAGGGGGUCUCAGCCACUUCUCAGAGGCCAUCCGGCACCCCAGGUUUCUGGAGACCAUCUGGCAGUACCAGGCGCCGGGGCAGCUACUGGAGGAGGAGUCUGCCCAAGCAGCUCUGCUCCUUGGGGCCAAGGGGCCAGACCAGCCCCAAGUGCUAGAGCCUGGGCCUGGGCCUGGGCUUGCAUUGGGACCCAGGCCUGUGCCUGGACCUGGGCCUUCAUCCGAAGCUGCGCCUAAGUUCAGACCUGAGCCUGCUCCUGGGCCUGGACCUUCAUCUGGGCCUGGGCCUGUGUUCGGACCUGGGCCUUCAUCCGGAUCUGGGCCUGUGUUUGGACCUGGGCCUGCUCCUGGGCCUGGGCCUGCGUUCGGACCUGGGCCUGUGCCUGGACCUGGGCCUGCUCCUGGGCCUGGACCUUCAUCUGGACCCGGGCCUGGGUCUGCUCCUGGGCCUGGACCUUCAUCUGGGCCUGGGCCUGUGCCUGGACCUGGGCCUUCAUCCAGAUCUGGGCCUGCAUUCGGACCUGGGCCUGCUCCUGGGCCUGGGCCUGUGUUCGGACCUGGGCCUGCCCCUGAAUUGGAACCUGCCCCAGGCCUUCAACCCACACCAUCAGGAUCCUGGACUGUACCACCACAAGGCUGGCCUCCUCCCAGAGGCUUUCCUGGGACUAGCCCUGGGCCUUUCUGGGGCUUCCAGCCUGGCCUAGGCCCAAUGGGCUUCCCGCCUGCCAGGUUCCGGGGCUUCAGAGCCCCACCCCCAGCCAUGGAGCUGGGCUCAGCUUGGCCUCGUUCACAGCGGUCCAUGUACUACCCAGGAGACAUGUCUAAGCUCUCAGCUGUCUCAGAAAAGGAGGAAGACUACUCCUCCGUGGAAAGGGGAGGCCCUCUGGACAGAGCCCCGAGGGCUGAGGUCCCGCCAGGAGGCCUCCCUAAGGGAUUCUGGUCUGUCGUUCAGCAGAUGAAACCCAGCGCUGCCCUCACGGCCGCGGCCGCUGCCUCCUACACCUCUGAUGUGGCCACAUCAGCAGCCCGGGCAGCCAAGGCCGCUGCCAAGCUGAUCAGGGACGCCCCUGCCACCAAAUUGGCCACUGUAGCAACUGCCGCAGCCACAGCUGGGCCCUUGGGGGUGCUUGCAGAAUUUCUGGGAGCGGGGCCCUCCCGCGGAGCCUUCCCCGAGGGGGAGGUGGAGGACUUGCUGGAAGUGGAGGAUGAGGACUUGCUCUGUCCUGCAUACUCUCCUGUCUUUGUCCCUCCCGACACGGCCCUGUCCAAGGCCAUGCUGGCUGCCAAACAUGCCACGACUCCUGAAGAAAAGAAGAAGGCCGUCAGGUAUUCCAUGAGCCACUUAGCCCAGAUGCCCGUCAGACACGACACCCUGAAAGAAGAGUUGGCCCAGCUGUCAUCUAACCUGCAGCAGCGUAUGACUUACCUAGCUAACAUGGGAGCUUCUUCCAAGCUUGGGUCAACAUUGGACAUCUUGCAGGAAAAGAUUGGCAACCUCCAGAAAUCCAGGAUAAAGGAGGAAGAACUUGAGAGAGUUUGGGGCCACCAGAUCGAGAUGAUAAAGGACCACCACAUCGUGCUGGACAGGGCAGUGAACAGGCUCCAGAUUCGCCUGGAUGAGUUAAAGGUUGUCUAUGCUCAACUAAGAAACCUAGAAAUGUACAAGGCAGACCGACAUGAGAUGGAGCGGGAGUUGAAAGAGAAGGCCGACAAGAGCUCCCUGGCAGGCAAGGCAAGCCGGGCUGACCUGGACACAGUGGCCAUGCAGCUGAAUGAAAUGAUUCAGGGCAUGCUCUUCAGGGUGGUUGCCAAUGAGGAUGACUGGAAGAAGGCUGUGGAGCAGCUGGACAAAGACGUACGUACCAAGCUGGUUCCCAGCGAUUUGGAUGAUCUGAAGAAAGACAUGGACGAGGUCUGGAAAGUUGUCAGGAAGCUGCUGAUUGAAGGCCUCCAUUUUGACCCCGACAAUGCUGCCGGCUUUAGGAGGAAACUGUUUGAACGGGUGAAAUGCAUCUCCUGUGACCGGCCCGUGGAGAUGAUGACCAGCCCGCAACUCAUCACCAUUCGCAACACCCGCGUGCUGCCAUGGCUGCGGCCAGCCAGCGCCAACAGCUAUGAGUACCUGCAGCGCCAACAGAUGAGGGAACAACAGCAGCUGCAGAAACUCCAGAACCUUGGAGCCCCUGAGAUGGGCCUGGACUCAUUGGGCCCCCCGCAGGACUGGGGUGACGGCCCCAGAAACAACGCCAACCUCGAGUUCAAGCCAUAUGGCUUGUCGACUCUCUACCCCUACGGGGACCCUGAGUUGUUGGACUAUGACUCUGCCGAGGUGGACCUCCUGGGAGUGGACGGGGUCCUGUACAAGGGCCGAAUGAUGAGCAAGGACAAGGUGCGGCCACUGACCAGCGCGGAGAAGGAGCUGGCAGCUGUGAAGGUCCCACAUCCCCCGGCCCGCAGCCCGCAUGAGGGUGCCCGCCCGAGCGCCCUAUUUGGUGCCAUCUCCUCUGCCGUGCCCCCCCGCGCCAGCAUGGGCUCAGCCACCUCGGGCCCUCCACCAACGAUGCCUGCUCCGCCUCCGUCUCUCCUGCCCAUGCUGCUGCUGCCACCGCUGACGCCAUCUCUGCAGGACCCCCAGCCGGCCCCAGGGGCUGCCAGGCACCCACGGUCCCUGCGCCUUGAGUCCCGAGCCAGCCUGCAGUCCGCCAAGGAGCCCAGCAACCCGUGAGCCCUGCGCCUGCCCUCUCCCCACCAGCAUCUCCACCCUCCCCUGCAAGGCAGAGACACUGCCCUGGGCGAGGUGUGGGGGUCCUGGGCUUAAGGGAGGGGUCUCCACGAGGGACUCAUUUUGACCCAGUAGCUGCUUGUAACUUUCCUGUGGAUACACACAACACAAUCCAUCUCAUGCUACAUUUCAUGGAGAACACAGCUUUCUUGCUAAACUGAAUUUUCCACUAAAACAGUUUAAUUCCUUGACCCAUUUUCAAUACAGCAUAGUUACAGUGAUUUUAAAAAACAAUCACUUUCCUUUCUAUUUUGCUGAAAUGGUUUCAUCAGAAUGCGUUCCAAUCACAGCCAAUACCGCUGUCCUUUUCUUUAGCGAGCGUUAUUUCUACCAGGACCGGCUUUCUCAUGGGAACCAGAUUUUACUGCGUGCUUUUUUACUAUCUGUUGAUUGUUUCCACCAGUAAUCACUGUUAUGAGUUGGGUAUUUAAAGAAUCUGAUUGUUUGUAUUUACUUCUGGCUAAUCCAUGAGGCACUUGGAGCAAAAGCCCUGGAAUCCUCCAGGACCGCUCCAUCCUGUUUGGCGUCUUGCUGGUUCUUUGGGUCACAUGCUCACUGUCUGUGUGCUUGGUGGACUGACCAGCAAAGCAUGCUCACCUGGGGUUCUGUGACUGGCCCCCAGGAUGAAGAGCAGAGUGCUCAUACCUGCCUGGUGGGUUCCUCAGCCCGUGUGGUUUCUGCCCCUGGGAUGGUUUUGUGAGUGUGUGACCACACCAUAGGGCUUGGGAAAUCUUAGUUACCGGACCAGGGAUCGAACCCCUGCCCCCUGCAUCAGACGCACGGAGUCUUAACCACUGGACCACCAGGGAAGUCCCUGGAUGGUUUAUCAGUCCUCCUUCUCCCUCUGGGGCUUCCCUGGUGGUUCAGCAGUAAAGAUUCCAUCUGUGAGUCAGGAGAUGUACGAGACACAAGUUCGAUGCCUGGGUUGGGAAGAUCGCCUGCAGGAGGGCACGGCAACCCACUC